UUAUGUUCAGCAUGUGUAUUUUUGUAAGUAUUUUGCUUCGCUUUUGAUAGGAAGUAUUUCAGUUCGCAAGUAACCCCAAGGGUAAUACUUGAAUUCGCAAGAAAACCUAGCAAGAAUCGGCAAAAACGAGUAAAAGGGUUGAUUUCAAUGAGAAAUCAGCAAGAAUAAAGCAGGAAUUUUAGUGGAUUGGAGAAGAAAACACAAGGAGAUACUUUGAUUCAAACAACAAACAAGAACACAAAGCAAGAUACAAUUUUCUUUAAUUCGAGAGAAAGAAGUACUCUCCAAAUCUCUAGCAAAUCUAGAGCCCAAGAACACAAUCCCUAGAUCUCAAAAUUGCAUUCAAUCUCAAGAUGGCCCUAACCCUAACCUCCAAAAGACUAAUUAAAGCCAAAGGAUGUUUACAAAAUCUAUAAACAACCCCUAAUUCAAAUUUUUCCUCCUAAUUGUUGUUUAAAACAACAAGUGGGCCCCAUUGAGGCUUUCACCCCCUUCCCUGGUUCCGCCCCAUGCUAGGCCGCUAGCUGUAGACUUGAAUCGGUCCAUGUUGGACUGGUUCAGCCGGCCUGGUUCAGUCGGCCCCUCCUGGUCCGACCACAUAACAUUACUCCCCUCCCAAAACUCACCUUGUCCUCAAGGUGAAAAGAAUGAAACUGGAAUCUUACUCUAUCGUAUGGUUCCCAAGUGGCCUUGAACUCGGGAAUGUCUUUCCAUCUGAUAAGCACUUCCUUGUUCCCCUUUUUAUCCACUCUGACUCCACCUAACUCCAGUAGUUCCAAGAUCACUUCCAGUUCCUCUGUCAGUGCAUUUAGAAACUCCGCACUAACGGCAUGCUCUCUGUCACGACCCGGUCCGGUUAGCUCGCAAGUGCGAGGCGGAACAGAGGUCGGACGGGAAAAGAGACAAGUUACCAUAGCAUAACAUUAAAUCAUCCAACAUAAAUUAACAUCUUUAUUAUAAAAAUGAAAGAACCACUAAUGCAAAUCCCAAUAAGUUUUCAUUUCUCAUUUUCAUUCAUCUUUCAAAAGAAAAUAAGUACAAAGAAGGUUCUUCCAAAAGAAAGGAUCCAAACAAAACUAAUCCUCACAAAAAUCUAUAUAUACAACCUUCUAUCAUCAAAAUAACAAAACUCAAAAGAACAUGCCGCCCGUCAUCUCCCUACGACGGUAAGUACGCGGUGGUUGGUCUGCCAUCUAUUCUUUCCUAGAUCCUCCUGAAAAGUGUUCCCACAACAAGGGUGAGUCAUAACUCAAUAGGUGCGAAUGGAAUUCAAAUGAAUUUAGAGCCAAUAAAAGGAAGCUAUAACAUGCUUUAGUAUUUUAACAAAAGAAUCAUUAACAAAGACCAACUUUUGCUCAAAGAGAUGCAUACCUUUUUUCUCAACCUUCAAGUUCUUAUUCCUUUCAUGACAUUUCCAUUUUUCCUUUAACAUUUUGCCUCACAUGAUAAUCUCAAAUGCAUAUAACAUGAAUAUGAAAUAUUCAUAUAGUUUAAUAUGUAAAUAUAACACCCGUCUCGGGAGUAUCACUUGUACUGAUCAUGUACAUAAAAUUUGUCAUUUCUUUUACUAUUUGUUCAUAGGAACCAUCCUUUACCAUGGCUCUUCCAUGGCUCGUAAGAGCCUUCUUUACCAUGGCUCAUAAGAGCCUCCUUUACCAUGUGAUACUCCCGCGUCAACAUGCUCAUACACUUAUUACUUAUAUAACCAUAAGAGAUGCUUUAUGUAAAUCAUUCAUAAACUAACCAAGUGUAUGUUUCCUUAGAGAUACGCAUGCUUGCUAUAUUUAUGUGUGCUUUUGCAUGUAAAGAAAAAAGACAUGUAUAGUAAGAGUAGAGAAAUGAGCAUGGGAUCCAUUCAUGAAUUGCACAUUUGCAUAAAGAGAACCUUUGCAUUUGCUUCAAGUAUCCAUGAACUUUCAAGGGAACAUGAGCCAUAAGAGUUUCAUAAAGAGCAUAAAAGAAUUCGUCAUUUCUAUGUAAUUACAAUGAAAGAAGAGUUGACUAAAUUUAUAAGAACUUUCAUUCCACCUACCUCAAUCCGUGCACCUCUUUCUUUGUCGGAUCAAAUUGUUUCCCUCCACACGGUUAAUAUCUAAAAGAGACAUACAAAGAAAAGCAUAAGUAACUAAUCCCUAUACAAUAUCCUAAACCCCUAAUUCUAAAGUAAUAAAAGGGUUCUUUCUAAUGUCAUAACUACGCUUUCAAGUUAAACCCCUCCACCAUUCAUGAUAUCUCUCACUUCCAUUCACUCUCAAUUAGGAUUUAGUUAAAAUCAUGGAUCUUAUAUAAGCAAACAUUAUUCCUACAACCAAACAUUAAUUAAAAACAUCCUUAAUUUUCAGAUUAAAGUAAACCAUAAUUUAGAAAAACUUGCAUUUCAUGACAAAGCCCUAUAAUAGUCUCUAAAAUUCUUCCAAAAGCCCAUUAGAACUAUAGGGAUCAAAAUUCUAUGAUUAGGGACCCUAAAUUUCAAAAAUCAAAACUUUCAUCAUUCUUACAAUAUUCUUCAAUUAGAAGUUUCCCAAUGACAUUAGGAAUUAUUCUUAAGAAGGCAUUUGCAAAGAAAAUCCAUUUUAAGUAAAACCCUAAAUUUCUCCAACUCAAAACAUUCUAAAUAAAACCACAUUCUUAGUAUAAAAAUAUCUCCUAAUUAUUUCAUAACAAUCUCCCAUUAAAUUUUUUAAAGAAAAUCAAAGUUUUCUCAACCCUAGUUUUCAAGGGAAGGAGGAAACUCAAGCAAAACACAUACCUUAGUCUUCCCUUGGAUUUCCCUACGUGCUCCUCCACGAACGGCCGCCGGAAACCGCUCCCAAGCUCGUCGAAAUCGCCUCUACCCGCGCACUCCCCCUCUCUCGUUCGGUUCGGGCCGCACGAAGUGAAUGAGGGACCGAAAUGUUUCGGUCCCCUAUUUAGAAUGGAAAUGUUCUCAUAAUUGCAAAAUUUACCUAUGUGCCCUCACUUAAAACAACCCAUGCUUGAAUAAACAUUAGGGGUAUUAUUGGGAUUAUGAGACUUCGAUGAAUUUUAACUCCUAAUUUAAGCAAAAUCAAAUACAAGUUUUAUAUAUCAUAUUUCUUAAAAUUUUGCGUAGAAUUUUUCAAAAUUAUUUCCAUCGAAAUCCGACAAACUUGAAUUUUUCCACUUAAAACUCGUCGCGACACUUUGAAAAGCGUGUGAGGUCUAAAACAGCAUUUUUUGCGGGUUUUACACUCUCCUAAAGCUCUCCUCAGCUGCGACACCUGGUAAACUAGGGUUGUAGUAGCCGUUGGGGGUAACUUCAAUCGAUAUGCUACUGCUUUGAUCUUGUCCACCACCUCGUAGGGGCUAAAGUACUUCGGAGCCAAUUUCUCGUUCCUCCUAUUAGCAACUAAUUUCUGCAUGUGGGGCCUUAGCUUCAAGAACACUUUCUCCGCCAAUUGUAUGUCUCUCCUGUGUGUAUCUAUCCGCUUCUUCAUGAUUUGUUGUGCCUUCCUCAAAUGUUUCUUUAACUCCUCCAACACCUGGUCCCUCUCCUCUAAGUAUUGUUCUAUUAGAGAGACUGGUGUGUUUCCUCUCCCAAAAUGCACUAAGUGUGAGGGGUCUCUUUCAUAGAGCACCUUAAAAGGAGUCAUUUGGGAUGCAGAAUGGUACGAAGUAUUGUACCAAUACUCAUCCCAUGGUAACCAUUUGGCCCACUUCCAUGGUAUUUCAGAAGAAAAACAUCUCAAAUAUGUUUCCAAACUAUGGCUCGCCACUUUUGUAUAUUCAUAUGUCUGUGAAUGAUAGGCAGUAUUUCUCUUGAGAACAGUGCCUUGCAUCCUGAAAAGCUCCCUCUAAAAUUGGCUGAGGAACACUUUAUCUCGAUCAGAGACACAAUCGAUUCAGGAAUCCCGUUUAAUCUAUCCACUUCCUUUAUAAAUGAUGCUACCAUUGAUAUUGCGGUUUAUGGAUGUGGUAAGAGGAUAAAAUAUGCAUACUUACUAAGUUGGUCCACCACGACCAGAGUGACUGUGAAUCCCUCUGAGCGGGGUAGGCCGUUAAUGAAGUCCAUGGACACUUCCUUCCAUACUCUGUUUGGAAGUACUAAUGGUUGUAGUAAUCCUCUCGGUGUCAUUGCCAUAUAUUUAUUUCUCUAACACACCUCACACUUUGCCACCAUCUCCUUAACAUCCUUAUACAUCCCCUUCCAGUAAAGCUCUGAUGCCAGCCUCCUAUAUGUCCUCUGUACUCCUGAAUGACCCCCAGCUGGACUACCAUGGAAUUCCUGUAAUAAGUGAGGAAUGUGUACGGAUGUUCGUGGCAUCACAAACCUCCCCUGAUGUAACAACCUCUCCCCCUCAAGAUUGUAUCCCGAAUGACUGUUAUUAUCUUUAAUCAAAUCCUCCCUGUUCUUCUUCAACUCUUCUUUUUGGAUGCUUUCUUCAUUGAUGGCCCCCAAUUAAACCAUUAGUGGUACUGAAACUGUCAACUCCUGAAGUUCUUUAAGACAUCUAGAUAAGGCAUCAGCAGCCUUAUUUUCCACUCCCAGGCGAUAUUGGAUCUCAAAAUCAUUGCCUAAAAGCUUUGAUAGCCACCUAUGAUGUUCCUCGGUCACCACCUUUGCUCCAACAGGUACUUCAAGCUCCUCUGAUCCGUAUUAACAAUGAAAUGCCUACCCAAAAGAUAAGGGUGCCAUUUAUGAGUGGUCAAGACGAUGGCCAUCAGCUCUCUCUCGUAUACUGAAUUCAGUCGAGCCCUUGUCGACAGCACCUGACUGAAGUAGGCUAUAGGCUUGUGAUUCUGCAUCAAAAUUGCCUCCAAGCCAUAUCUUGACGCAUCGGUCUCUACUACAAAGAUCUAGCUGAAAUACGGAAGAGCUAACACUGGGAUUGUCGUCGAACGGCUUUCUUUAACCUCUCAAAAGCCUGGGUUGUUGCAUCUCCCUUCAAAAAAUUAUCUUUCUUUAAUUGCUCAGUCAACGGCCAAGUGAUGGUACUAUACCCCCUCAUAAACCUCAUAUAGUAGCCAGUCAAUCCUAGGAAACCCUUCAACUCCCUUAUGUUCCUAGGCAUGAGCCAUUUCUACAUUGCCUCAAUUUUUAACUGAUCGGCCGCCACUCCCUGAGACACUACAUUUCCCAAAUACUCCACCCUAGACUGGGCGAAGCUGCACUUCUUUAGGUUAGCCCUCGGCUGAUGUUCUUGUAAAAUUUUAAGAACCUCUUUCAAGUGCUCUAAAUGUUCCUCUGUUUGGCUCUAAAUGCUGCCAGAACACCCUAUUCAUCAAAGACUAGAAAGUAGCAUAGGCAUUAGUGAGCCCAAAUGACAUCAACAAGAACUCAUAGUGCCCCUCGUGCGUUCUGAAGGCCGUCUUCUGAAUAUCCUCCUCUAUUCUGAUUUGGUGGUAGCCCGACUUCAUAUGCAUCUUAGAAAACUCUACUGCUCUAUGCAGCUCAUAUAAUAACUCAUCGAUCACCGGAAUAGGAAAUUUAUCUGGUACCAUCAUCUUGUUCAAGGCCAUGUAAUCAACACAAAACCUCCAACUCUCACCCUUCUUUUUGACCAGUAAGAUUAGAUAAAAGGACUCACACUUGGUCUGACGAUCCCUGCCUCCAACAUCUCCCUAAUCAGCUUCUCAAUUUCAUCUUUCUGAAUUUUGGGGUAGUGGUAAGGUCGAACACUAAUCGGUGACACCCAAUCAUUCAGAAGGAUUGCAUGCCCCUGCUCUCUGUGUGGUGGUAAGCCCUAAGGUGGCUGGAACACUUCCCUGAACUGCAGUAUGAGUGGUUGCACCACCAUUGGAAUGUCUCCCUCUUCCCCACACUGACUCUCUCCAAGCGUCGCCUCCCCCAAAUACCCACCUCCCACCUCCUGUAUGGAUAUGAUCAUGGAUUUGAGAGAUACUCUGGCCCUGGAUAGCCCUGCAUCGCCUUGGAUCACCAUCCUCUAUCCUCCCACCAUCAGUUCCAUUCUCAGAGCACCCUAGCCCCAAGGUCUGCAGUCAUUUCAUCCACAGGAUGACGUCAGUACUUUCUAACUCUGAAGGAAGAAAAUUCUCCAUCACCUAUAUCCCAUGAAUGAUCAACAUCACUCAUCUGCAAACUCCUCUCCCCAUCACCACUUGUCUAGUACCCACCAUUAUGUCGUAUCCUCCCAUGUCCACUAAUUUCUCCCCCAAUAGAUUUAUAAUCUGAUUAGAGAUGAAAUUGUGGGUGUCAUCAAUAUCAAUCAGCACCACUACCUCUUGAUCCCCUAUUUCUCCCUCACCUUCAUGGUGUGAUUUGGUGUGAAUCCCACCACAGAGUUUAGAGAGACUUCUACAACAUCCAGAUGUAACUUUUCUUCUUCCUCCACUAUCCCGCUCUCGCCUCCCUCUUCAGUUUCCUCGUCAUCACAGACGAUGAGAACCUGAAGAGUUCGGUCCUUACACCUAUGCCCUGACAUGUACUUCUCAUCGCACCUGAAACACAACCCCUUAGCCACUUCUCCUAGUUCUCCUCCUUAGUCAGCUUCUUAAACUUUCCUCCAAGCCCCCCUCCUCCAGACCUCUCCUUUGGUACUUCGCGUGAUCCUCUCGGUGCAGCUCCUUUGGGAGCUAGAAAAGUAGUCAUCAUCCUGUAGGAUCCCCCGGAGCUACUACCUAGAGCCCCCCCUCUAGAUGCUUUUGGUCCUCGACCAGCUUUGUCAACUCCAUGGCCUCCCCAAGUUGCGCAGUCUCAUCACUCUAAUCGUUGCUCCGAUCUCCGGUUUGAGCCCCUUCAUGAAGUACCCCUCAAGCACGGUCUCAGAAAAACGAUCCAGCCUGCUAGCUAGGUACACAAAACAAUCAUGGUAUUCUGCCACUGUCCUCUCUUGCGUCAGGGCAAAGAAUUGCUCGUAGAAAUCUCAUCCCCCACUGGUUUGAAACGUUCUAGUAAACAGUCCUUAAACUCCCUCCAGCUUCGAAUGGGUUGCCUCAUGUCCCGCCAUUGGUACUAUGUCAGUUCCUUCUCUUCCUAACGCAGUCCUGUCGCGUCAAUUUCUCCUCCUCAGUCUAUCUAUUGACCGCAAAUUAUCGCUCCUUCUUAUAGAUCCAUCCAUGGGCGUCCUCGCCCUCAAAGAUGGGCAUCUUCAGUUUCCUCACCCUCGGGUCUCCCCCGUCUCCCCUAACUCCUCCAUAACCUCCCAUUCCUGGAGGAAGAAAUGCUCCCCAGUGGUCACAAUCUUCUCUUUGACGAUCAUACCUAAGCUCGUCCUCAUAUACCCCUCUUCUCCUUUCAUCCCUUCUCCCCAAAAAUUUUGCACCCCUUCUCUUAUAGCCCAUGUUCAUCUCCUCUCUAGAAAGUUGUUCUGGAGGAGGCAUUCCAUCAUUCCCCUCAAGGAUCUCCACUUAUGGAUUCUCCUUCCCCCAAAAUGGGUUCGGAUUUCCGCAUCUCCCAUUGUCGCCGGUGGUCUCCCUUGCGUCCGACGUCGGAUUUUGUUUGCCCUCAAGCAUCUUCUUCAUCAUGUCUUCCAAGGCGGUGAACCUACCAUCCAUCUUUUCAUGAAUGGAGACAAAUUGAUUUUGAAAAUCAGUGGUUCUUUCCUCAAAAUCUGUCUUCAGUUGGCAUAUUUCUCCCUUUAAUACUUCAACUUUCCUUACGGGCAUCUUCCUUCCCAAGGUUUCUAAGAAGAUUUAUUGUGGAUGAAAUUUACUUACUGAAAUUUCUGAAUUUCAGCCGCCGAUAGUCCCAAGAAAAUGCUCUGAUACCAAUUUGACAUGAAGUACUUGAGUUCGCAAGUAACCCCAAGGGUAAUACUUGAGUUCGCAAGCAAACCUAGCAAGAAUCGGGAAAAAUAGCCACUAAAAGGGCUGGUUUUAAUGAAAAAUCAGCAAUAACAAAGCAGAAAUUUUAGUGGAUUGGAGAAGAAAACACAAGGAGAUACUUUGAUUCAAACAAUAAACAAGAACACAAAGCAAGAUACAAUUUUCAUCAAUUCGAGAGGAAGAAUUAUUCUCCAAAUCUCUAGCAAACCUAGAGCCCAAGAACACAAACCCUAGAUCUCAAAAUUGCAUUCAAUCUCACGAUAGCCCCAACCCUAACCUCCAAAAGACUAAUUAAGGCCAAAUGAAGUUUACAAAAUCCCAAAACAGCCCCUAAUUCAAAAUCUCCCUCCUAAUCGUUAUUUAAAACACGUGGGCCCCAUUGAGGCUUCCACCCCCCUCCCUGGUUCCGCCCCAUGCUAGGUCGCCAGCUGUAGACCUGAACUGGUCCAUAUUUUACCGAUUCAGCCGGCCCCUCCGGGGCCGGCAGGUAACAGCUUUAUAAGACAAAUCUUUAAAAUAAUGUUUUAAUGUUCAUGUUUUAGAGGGAUGAAAAGCGAAACAAUUAAUAGAUAUAUGCUUCAUAUACAGUACAUAUACAUACAUGAUUCAAUGUGAAAAACAAUAGUUUGGUGAAAGUCUUCUUGCUAAAGUGCAAAAGCAGUGAGAGGUAAUGAUCAUUGACUGAUCUGUUUUAUGUCAUAAGGCUUACAUAUGUUGUUGUAGUUGUACCCAAUAAUUUUCAAUUUGUCGUCUUGCUUAACAAUUACAAAAUAAUAGUAUCCAUUUCCAAAUUUGGAGGAUCAUAAAGCAACCCAUUCAUCUAAAAUAGUGAAUUAUAGUGGUUUAUUUCCUUAUGGCUAUUAGAACAUCACCCUCUAAGUCUAAUACUUUGAAGCAGUAUACAUUCAAACUCAUUAUUUCCAUGCAAUUGUGUUAUUCAUUAACUAUUUUGCUUUUAUUGGAAUAAUAUCUUUUUGAUGAUAUACUCAUCCACUUAAACUUGCAUUACUAAAUUUCAUAUGAAAAGUUCUAUAUAGUUUUGUAUAUACUUGAUGUCUAGCAGCAACUUAAAAGAAAAAAAAAGAUGGUCCUUCAGGUAUAUAAUUAUUCAUUCAUAUUCUUUUAUGAUUAUGUCUUGGAGGGCUCAUCUUGAGAGAAUAUGAUGUUCUUUGUUGUCAAUCAAUAUAAACUUUCUUUAUGCAUUGGAUAAAUGAUGUGAUUGUGGUGCCAUGUAGACUGCAAGGUUCUUGCCUAUUUCUGAUACCGUUACAAUGGCUUUUUGGUGUUGAUGGUGCCUUUAUAAAUGAAAUCUGAUAUAAAUUUUACGGAGUGCUUCUAGGAUUUCUGCAGGAUUUGAGCAGGAUUUUAGCCAAAUCCUGCCAAACGGCCCGCUAAAUCCCAUCCCGAGCGAUCUGGUGGAUCUGUCGAGCUUUCAAUUCAGUAGUAGGUCUACGGGCUUUUUUAUGGCGUUGGGAUUUCUUUCUGUACCUACACAUAUGAAUACUUUCGCUUUCACUAAUCGCUUGUGGUGGGAAAUGAAGGAAGACCAAGGGUUGGCGUACUGGAUGAGGUGGCAGGUCGUCGUCUGCGCGUUGAUCGCAGCCCUACCGUCGCUGAUUGCAAUGGCUGUUAUUUUGAAGGCAGAGAAGCAGCCGCUGAGCGCGGCUUCUCUGUGGACUCCCUGCUGGAAAAAGUUGAAUCCGUACUGGUUGCUGGCAUACAGAGGCCUUGCGUUUCUGUUCAUGGCCUUGCUUCUGGGUCAGAUGGUCCUCCUCAGGGGUGCCUUCAACUUCUUCUUCUAUACUCAGUGGACAUUUGCACUAGUCAUCGUUUAUUUUGCGUUUGGUACUAUGGCAUCUGCUCAUGGUUGCUGGACCUAUUCAAAGCAACCUAUUUCUGAAAACGAGGAGAUAAGUUGCCUCCUUAGAGGAGACGUUGAACAAUGUCAUGAUGCAGAUUUGGCUCUUACAGGUAUCAAGGACAGGGAUGGUGAUAUAUUCUCAAUUUUUCGUGGUGAGCAGAUGCAUAAAAGAGUGCAUGAAGAAAGAACGGGUCUAUGGGGCCAUUUCAUGCAAAUUGUCUAUCAGACGAGUGCAGGAGCUGUGAUUUUAACGGAUGUUGUCUUUUGGUGCCUUAUCGUACCAUUCAUGUCUAAUGUGCACUUCAGGGUGAAUUUGAUAAUGGCCUGCUUGCACUCGCUAAAUGCCAUCUUUCUUCUUGUUGACACUGCGCUCAAUAGUCUGCCUUUUCCUUUCUUUGGAAUGGCUUACUUUGUUCUCUGGAGCUGUAUCUACGUAACUUUCCAGUGGAUUCUGCAUGCCUGUGGCCUUAAAUGGUGGCCUUACCCUUUUAUGGAUCUUUCAACUCCAUUGGCACCGCUGUGGUAUUUGGCCAUGGCCUUGAUUCACAUCCCCUGCUUUGGCAUAUUUUACCUGAUUGCUAAAGCAAAGAACUCAUAUUUCCCUAAAGUUUUUCCCACAUCAUACAGACAGCUAUUUUAGAUGUUUCUUUAGUGAACAGAAUGGUAGAAUGCCUGCCUUCAUUAUAGCAUAGCCCUUGAAACGUAAAAAUCUCUGCUUAAAAGCAUGAUUACCUUCUUAGAAGA